AUGAAGAACGCCCUUGCGCUCAAGUAUCUCGCAGAGAGCCUUGUGCUCCCGAUGGUGGGCAUCAACAAGGGUCUGAAGAGCAGCUAUCUCAUCCCGAGACCGAUCAAUAUCCCCAACGAGCUACCCUUAGCUCGUCACGAAGAGAUGUCAGAGCUCUCUCGUUCUCAAGCUGAGCAAAGGCAAACUCAGCUCGAUGCUUCAAGGCAGUGUCCGCCAUUUGGAGAAGCCUAUUCCGCUCAUGUUCGAGAUCGUCGCGUAGCCCUUGCGUUACGCGAUCAAAGAAGCUCUCGGGAACACACGGAUCCCCAUGAUCGUGUGGAGAGCGUCUUUCCUCCUCCUCCACCUCCAUUAGAGGACUCUCGCGGUGGCCAGCGCUAUCUAGUUGAGCAGCUGUUGAACCACCGCGACGUGAACGGACGUCGGACGAGUUAUCUCGUCCGGUGGCGCGGCUAUCCCCCGUCCUGGGAUACUUGGGAGCCCCACUUUUAA